AUGGAAAACGACAUAAAUAACCUCCAAGUAUUCAAAGAUGAUCACUAUCUAAACGAAUUUCGUGAGCAUUUUAUGGUUCGAAACAACACAUUUUACGAAAUCCUACAUGAAAUCGAAAAAAAAGAAGGAUCUUUACAAAACUUCGCCAAAGGUAAUGAAAAAUAUGGCUUUAAUAUUGAACAUGGUAAUCUAGUAUACCGCGAAUACGCCCCUGGAGCUAAAGAAGUAUAUUUAUUUGGUGAAUUUAAUAAUUGGGAUCGAAGACAAUAUGGUUUAACAAAAGAUGCAUUCGGAAAUUGGGAAAUAAAACUACCUUUUGGAUAAAAUGGAGAAUCUCCUAUAUCUCACGGUUCUCGUAUAAAAGUGCAUGUAUUGACUGCCAAUAAUGAAUGGGUGGAUAGGAUUCCAGUUUGGAUAAAGAGACUAUAUUAGGAUGAUAAUACUAAGAUUUUCGAUGGUGUAUAUUGGUCGAAGAUAGAUUAUAAGUUUAAUCAUCCAAGACCUAGUAAAAAACAUGCGCUGAAAAUAUAUGAAUGUCAUAUUGGAAUGGCUGGUGUAGACGAGAGAGUUCAUAAUUUUUAAGAAUUCAGAAGAGAUGUACUCCCUAGAAUAAAAAGACUUGGUUAUAAUACUAUAUAGAUAAUGGCGAUAGCUGAACAUGCUUAUUAUGGAUCUUUUGGUUAUCAUGUAACUAAUUUGUUCGGUGUUUCGAGUAGAUUUGGGACUCCAGAAGAUUUUAAAUAACUAAUUGAUGAAGCACAUGGGAUGGGGAUACAUAUUUUGAUUGAUAUAGUACAUUCUCAUGCUAGUAAAAAUGUAAAUGACGGAUUCAAUUAAUGGGAUGGAACUGAUUAUUUAUAUUUCCAUGAAGGAGCAAAAGGAAAUCAUAAUUAAUGGGAUUCUAAGCUUUAUAAUUAUGGAAAAUGGGAAGUUUUAAGAUUACUAUUAAGUAAUGUUUCUUGGUUUAUGAAAGAAUACAAUGUAGAUGGAUUUAGAUAUGAUGGAGUCACUUCUAUGCUUUAUAAACAUCAUGGUUUAGGGGUAGGAUUUACAGGUGGAUAUCAUGAAUAUUUUAAUUAUGAUGUUGAUAUUGAAAGUUUAGUUUAUUUAAUGCUAGCUAAUAAACUUAUUCAUGAAAUUUAUUAAGAUGCCAUCUCUAUUGCAGAAGAUGUUUCAGGUUAUCCCACUCUAUGUAGGAAAAUUGAAGAAGGAGGUAUUGGAUUUGAUUAUAGAUUAUAAAUGGCAGUACCUGAUAAGUGGAUUAAAUUAUUAAAAGAAUUUAAAGAUGAUGAAUGGGAUAUGGAAGAUCUAGUUUGGAAUCUUAUUAAUAGAAGAUAUGAUGAAAAGUGUAUAGUUUAUUCAGAAAGUCAUGAUUAGGCUUUGGUUGGAGAUAAGACUUUAGCUAUGUGGUUAUUUGAUAAAGAAAUAUAUUUUAAUAUGAGUGAAUAAAUUCCAGAAUCAGUAGUUGUAAAUAGAGGCAUGAGUUUACAUAAAAUUAUUAGAUUAAUUACAAUAGCCUUAGGAGGAGAAGGUUAUUUAAAUUUUAUGGGUAAUGAAUUUGGGCAUCCAGAAUGGAUAGAUUUUCCAAGAUAAGAUAAUGGAUGGAGUUUCCAUUAUUGUAGAAGAAGAUGGGAUUUGAUUGAUAAUCCUAGUUUAAGAUAUAAAUAUUUAAAUAACUUUGAUAUGGAGAUGAUAGAAUUAGAAGAAAAUUUUAAAUGGUUAAACAGUAAAAAUAUGUAUGUAAGUACAAAACAUUAAGGCGAUAAAGUUAUUGCCUUUGAAAGAAAUGAGCUCCUUUUUGUUUUUAAUUUGAAUCCAACUUAAAGUUUCUAAAAUUAUAAAGUAGGUACUUCAAUUUCUGAAGAUCAUAUUAUAAUUUUUGACACAGAUGAACCUCAUUUUGGAGGACAUGAUAGAGUGAGAAAAGGACAUGAAAUGUCUUUUAUUACUUAAAAAGAUGAAUUUAAUGGUAGACCUUAUAGUAUUCAUCUUUAUUUACCAUCAAGAUGUGGAAUAGUUUUAACUUCAGUUAAAAGAGCUCAUGAAUAUUGGUAGAAUAAAAUAAAAUUCCAUUGAUAAAAAAUAUAAUAUAUAUUUAUAAAAAAAUGUAUUUUUUAAAUAUGAAUAGUUAGAGUUAAAAUUUUAUAAAUAUUAAUA